CCGUCCGCCCCGGGAGCCAGCUCCUUGUCACCGGAGCCCUAGCCUUGCCCAGGACAGUAAGGAUGGUCACUCUCUCUCUCUCUCUGCCUCACCAUAUCUGGUCAAAAUAUUCACCGGGCGCCAAAACAGAGCAGAAGCUGAGCGACCGAGAUUUUCACCAGCUCCGCCGCAUCAACCGCCAAAACCCGCGCCUGUGGCCGAAUUUACUUGUUCUGCAAACAUUAAUUUUGCUACGUUUAAAAAUAGCCUCAGAAAGGCGGCGCCGCGCGUCACUUGCUUUAAAUGGCCAAAAGUCUGAUGCCGUGAAUCGGAUUGGGAACCAAAGCACGGCAGCCCGGCUCCUCUCUCUCUCUCCCCCCCUCCCUCCCCUCCUCUGUGUGUGUCUGACCCAAACCGGUGUCUCCCCAGGAGAGAGACGCAGGGCAGCAGCGCGCCAAGGCUGGGUUCGCAUUAAAUGACUCCAGAACGGACUUUUACGUGACCGGUACACUGAGGUAUUGCAAAGGAAGUGCAAGAAAAGAUUGAUUUAACAUGUCUACACCAUUUAGAAAAGAAUUAGAAAAGUAUAGAGAUGUUGAUGAAGAUGACCUCCUCCGAAAAUUAUCAGAAGAGGAGAUACAACAGUUGGAAGAUGAGUUGGAAGAACUAGACCCAGACAAUGACCUUCUACCUGCAGGACUAAGACAAAAAGAUCAGACAAAAAAGGCGCCCACAGGUCCAUUAAAUAGAGAUCAACUUCUGGAUCACUUGGAGAAACAAGCAAAAGAAUGCAAGGACAGAGAGGACUUGGUUCCAUAUACAGGAGAAAAGAGAGGGAAGCCUUUUAUCCCCAAAGAGAAGCCUGUCCAGACGGUAAUGGAUAGUGUUACCCUGGAGCCAGAGCUGGAGGAGGCCUUGGUCAAUGCUACUGAUGCUGAACUUUGUGACAUUGCAGCCAUCCUUGGUAUGCACACACUGAUGAGCAACCAACAAUAUUAUGAAGCCCUUGCCAGUAGUACCAUCGUUAACAAGGAAGGCCUUAACAGUGUCAUACAACCAACUCAGUAUAAGCCAGUCCCUGAUGAACUGCCGAACUCCACAGAUGUUGAAGAAACCCUAAAGCAAGUUAUAAGAAAUGACCCUGAACUUGAGGAGAUUAACCUCAAUAACAUAAAGAACAUUCCCCUUGCCACACUGAAAGCAUAUGCUGAAGCUUUGAAGGAAAAUACACAUGUAAAGAAGUUCAGCAUUGUUGGAACCCGAAGUAAUGAUCCUGUUGCUAUUUCUUUUGCAGAAAUGCUGAAAGUUAACAAGACAUUGAAAAGUUUGAAUGUGGAGUCCAACUUUAUCACUGGUAAUGGAAUUCUGGCUCUAGUGAAAGCCCUCCAAUACAAUCACUCGUUGGUUGAACUUAAAAUUGAUAAUCAGUGCCAGCAGCUGGGUAAUAAAGUAGAAAUGGAAAUUGCGGAUAUGUUGGAACAAAAUCCAGUCCUUCUGAAGUUUGGCUAUCAUUUCACCCAGCAAGGCCCAAGGCUUCGAGCUUCCAACGCAGUGAUGAGCAACAAUGACCUUGCUCGCAUUAACAGAGCAGAUGGUUCCUGGCCUAGAUUCUCAGCUUUGGAACUGGAGGAGAUAUAAUGAGGCAAAGCCGACUUCAGGGCCUCAAUGGCCCCAUCUUCCCCAGGUGCCGGACGACAGUCUAAUCUCUUUGUGAAGACUUCAUGCCUCUACAGAGCACACUCUAUGCUGAUGAUUUUUAUGUACAGCCAGAAGUGCCUUCUCAGUUCUCUGUUGUGUUUCCAUUUUCUUUUUAGUGUUGUAUAAUGGGAGAAUGUACCAAACUGAAGUUUAGCAGGAAGUUCAAUGGCAGUAGCUUGUACAGAUUGUGGUGUGCUUUGUACUACUAAUAGCACUCUGUACUACCGAUUAAUUUUUCAAUCCAAUUAGUGCUGUGUGCAAAUAAACCAAAAUCAUCAAUUCUAAAUCCAUUCAUUAGUUGAUGUGUAUGUCCCUGAAUGGAUUAUUGAGUGAAACUAUAGCUAUACUGUGCAUGAAAGAGACUGCUAUUCUAACAUUUACUGUAGAAGCAUAAGUAUUCAUUUUAUUUAUAUUAUUUGAUGCCAGAGAAUUACCUCGAGUAAGCUGCUGUUCUGUUCUUGGAGGAACUCAUUCUUCAUUUAUUGACAUUGUGACAAAAAAGUACUGCUUGGGAAUUGUGUGCGUCACCCUUAUGUUUGCUGAUUUACAGAGCUUUCAUGUAAUCCAGCACCUCCACUGAUUUGUGUUACUUAUGACAGAGAAAUUCAAAAGGUGCCGAAUAGUUUUGAGUUUAAAUCAACAUAUCUAAAUACAUUUAAAAUUGUGGAAAUUCAUACAGUUGGCUUCUCUUUUUUCAUUAGAGAACCUCCAGAUAUCCUUCAUUUUACUGCUUAUGUCCUUGCCUUGGAUUAAUUAUAGGGCAGGAAAUAAAAUUACAAUUAUUUAUAUUCAUUUUUUGGCUGUAUUUCCAUUGUUCGCUGAAACAAAGUAUUUUUAACGAUCCAAAAUAACUUUUCAAGGGUUUUUAUUUAAUCGUGCAGUGUCUGUUCUAAAGUCACAAAAGAUUUGUCAAAUUAUAUUAAUUCAUUGACAAACUCCAUCUAGACUGCUUGCACCAUUGAACUAUAUAUAGCAGUCCAUGGACACCAGGCUUCUACUUACCAUGAACUAAUUUUAUUUCUUCAGCCAAGGGAUUUGGCCAAAAACGAAAAUGAAUAACUGAAAACUUUCGGGUGGUUUGAGGAACAGAACUGUGAUGAUUAACAGAGCAUGCUCUAAACAAAGCAGGUCAAAAAACUCUGUUUUAAAUCUACACUGUUGUGGUUUCCAAAAAAAAAGGAUGUGUUUGAUUGUUGCACUUUAUGAUAAAUAAAACAUUACAGUUUUGGGCAUUCUAUAGCCUCACAUGCUUUGACAAAAUCAGUAGAACUUCCUGAUGUACCAUUGUACAAUAAAAGUUGUGACAUUUUGCUUA